AUGAUCGGUACUACUUUUGACGAGCCACUGCACGUGCUCGACUUGCCCCAGAUCUACAAGAAGCCCUCGGGCACUGAACUGCUCAAGGCGCUGGCCUUGUUGACUCUGCAGCCGCGAACAUUCGGUACCAGCGCCGACGUUGUUAAGGGACCGGCGGUGCAGCCGGCGGGAGUGACUCGGUAUCUCACCUCCAUCAUCUCCAGCCCACUGUCAUGGCUGGACACGGAGGAAUUGCGGGAGGCGGUUUGGGAUGCAGCCUCUGCUCGUCUCAGCGAGCGGUCUGGUCGGACGGCCAUGCCGGCCAUGUCGCGCAUCUUCAAUAUCCCCACAUCCUCCGGAGAAGAUUACACACUCACCUUGCACGAGCCUUCUCUCACAUCGGAUAACCUGGGUAUGAAGACUUGGGUGUCUUCUUAUCUUCUCUCCCGCCGACUGCACAAACUCCUCGAAUCCCCGCCGGAACUCGUCCCGUCAGGUUCGACCGAGCCUUCGACCGCAAACACCGGCAAGCCGCUUCGGGCAUUAGAGCUCGGGUCUGGAACCGGACUUGUUGGUUUGUCUUUUGCCUCUUUGAAGGGCAAAGCGGCCACCAUUCACCUGACAGAUCUGCCCGAGAUCGUGCCCAACCUCGCCCACAACGCUGCCUUGAACGUCGAACUGAUGAACAAGACCGAGGCGACGGUGACGACCGGUGUGUUGGAUUGGUCCAUCACGCCAAACCCAUUGCCCACCGCGGAGGAGCGUUUCGAUGUCAUCCUCGCAGCCGACCCGCUCUAUUCGCCCCUCCACCCGAAACUACUCGUCGACACGAUCAACCCCUGGCUCAGCCGUGGCUUGGAUGCACGUGUAGUUGUAGAAAUGCCCCUUCGCGAUGCAUACAUACCCCAGGUACAGGAGUUCCGGCAACGAAUGACAGAUCUCGGACUGGCAGUCGUCGAAGAAGGCGAGGAAGUCGGCUAUGACGACUGGGAGAGUGCGAGCGGCGACGCACUGGCUGUGAAAUGCUGGUGGUCUGUUUGGGGAUGGAGCGAGAAAGUAUGA